UUUUUCCUGAAGCCGAACCUGGAUUUCUAUUUCGCCCGAUAGGUCAAUGAAUUCAACGUCCAUAAAAAAUAAGGGAAAUAUACUGGAUGGUUAUGGAAUAGUGGAUAAUUAUUCUAAAUCGAUAAAUCAUCCUGUAUCUUUGUUAUAAAGACUGUAUAAGACUCAUCAAAUAUGGUAUUUCACCUUGGCGGCUACCAUUGAAAUGUUUCCCUUUACUUUUGGAACACCCUGUAUACCAAUCUAUCUGUCGUUCAUCUGAAUAUGUUAUCAUGAAGAAAAUACAAUACAUGAUCUACCACGAAUUUACCAGAUCCUCAAUAUGUUUGUAACGUCAUCAAAAAUAGAUACCGCUUGAAAAUACAAGAAAAUGUUAUGUUCAAGUCUACAAAAUUCUUAUUUACGACCUCAGUCGCUUCUGUCCAUGUUUCUUAUCGCGUCGCUCUUGUUUUGACGAUGAACCUUCUUGAUUAAAACAGUUACUCAACAUAAACUCAGUGAUUAGGUUAGCCUGCCAUCAUCUGCCAAAUACUAUAUUUAAGUGCCAAUAGUUAGGUGAUGACAUCUUCCGUUUAUGUAUUGAUUGUUAUUUUCAUAGUUAAUCUUCUCGCAACAACAGGCGACGUUACUUUAUCAUGGACUUCUCCAAUAUACCCCAAGCUCUACUCCAACGAUAGCAACAUCAACCCCUUCGGCACACCGAUAACACCAGACCAAGAUGCGUGGAUCGGAUCUCUCCUCAACGUGGGAGCCAUUUUGGGCACGAUACCAUUCGGAUUAAUAUCUAGCAGAUAUGGCCGCAAAGUUGGACUACUCGCUGUGGCGAUACCCCACAUCAUAUCAUUCAUUACCAUGGCAUUAGCGAAAAAUGUUUAUCUAUUCUACAUUGCGAGAUUUGUAGGAGGAUUAUCUGUUGGGGGUGGUUAUGUCCUCCUUCCUUUAUACAUCGCAGAAAUAUCACAAGACCACAACCGAGGAGCCAUGUCAUUGACUCUGAAUAUAUUCUGGGCCCUAGGGAAUUUUAUUCCUUACGCUAUAGGGCCGUUCAUGUCCAUUUAUUCCUUCAACAUAGUGCUGUCAGCUCUUCCCAUAGUAUUCCUAGUUUUAUUCGUUUUCUUGGGAACAGAAUCUCCAUACUUCUUGGUGAGGACAGAUAGGAUUGGUGAAGCCACAGAGACACUGAUGUUCCUGAGAUCAUCUUCUAAAGCAGAGGUUCAAGAGGAGAUAGACCAUAUCAAAACUUACAUUGAGCAAUCAGAAAAUGGAAAUAUUUUAGACUUCUUUCGACACAAGUACCUGAGGACAGCAUUCAUGAUAUGUACAAUUACAGUUAUGCUCCAGGAGUUAGGUGGAUUUUGCGCCAUCACAUAUCACUUACAGAUUAUAUUCAUUGCAGCUGGUUCUGAAUGGAAGCCUGAACUAUCAGCUCUUGUUGUUGGGUUGGUUCACUUCGUUUCCAGCUUCAUAUCGCCUUUUUUGGUUGAUAGAGUAGGUCGAAGAUUGCUAAUCAUAUGGUCUUGCCUAGGAAUGUUCGUAGCGUUGAUACUCUUAGGAGGUUUCUUUUAUAUUCAAGAUAUCGCGGAUGGUAGUACGACGUCCAUAUUCUGGGUGCCUAUCUUCAGUCUCAUAUUCUACAUAAUCUUUUUCAAUCUUGGCAUCUGCUCUGUGCCAUGGACUCUGACAUCGGAGAUGUUUCCGAAUAAUUUGAAGGAGGUUGCAGCUUCAACGAUAACAAGUAUCGCGUGGAUCACUUCUUUCAUUACAACGAAUACUUAUAACGACAUGAAUGAUUUCAUUGGGAGGCCAGGUACUUUUUGGUUUUUCGCUGCAUCGUGUUUUUGCGGUGCAAUUUUCAGUGUUGUUUAUGUCCCUGAGACGAAAGGAAAGAGUUUUAGUGAAAUUCAGCAAAUGUUGCUGACAAAUGAGAAGUCUGAUGGAGUGAAGGAUAAUGACAUGAAGCUGGAAGAUACCAACAAGAAAAAAGAACUGAGUGAAAAAUAUGGGUACACAUGUGAUUGAACAAUAUUUUAGGAUUAUGAUCAGUGUGAAAUUCACUUAUUCAAAAAACAAGAUGUCAAUAUUUUUUGUUAUCAAUUCCACUGAAGAUUCGAAGGAAAAUAUGUCCACAUCGUCUAGUCAGUUCAUCGAAGUAAAUAAUAUUCCUAUACCAUAUUUAU